AAAAAUAAAAAAUAAGCCGUAAACAAGUCGGUUCAUGCUUUUAAAAAUACGUAAUUUCAUAAUAUUAUAUAUUCAUAGUUAUUUACGAUUGAUUAUAUUUGUACUUAACUAUUAAUUAUGCCUCCAAUUUAUAACAUUGUAUAAAACAAACAUAAUAGAUAUUAUAAACUACAAUAUCACAAGAAAAUAUGCCUACAACCAGGAAAAAGGUUACAAAAACUGUUUACAAUGAAAACGAUAGUGAGUCUGACGGAGAUUUUAGUGAUUCUGGAUCCGAUGCAGUUAUAUCUUCAGCAUCUAGCUCCAAUGAAGAGGAGGAACAAAAUUCAUCUGCUGAUGAGUUUAAAAACACAAAGAAACAGAAACGGUAUUCGAAAGUUCAGACUCCAAGAGUAAAACCACAUUUUACAAAAUCACUUCUCGCUACAAUACAAAAACAAUCUGAUAAUACAGAAAAUGAUAAUGAAGCUCCAUUAAUUUCUGUUAAGGAUUUAACUGAUGCCGAUAAACUUCUACCCCUACUUAAUCUCUCCGAAAGUGAUAGCAGUGAUGAUGAAGGGCCAAAAAUUAGAACAGAGAAGAAAACUCCUAAAACAAUGUUCUCACAAAUUGAAGACUCAGACAGUGAGAGUACAAAGGUUGAAUAUAAAGAUGUUUUCUCAAAUCUCCAAGAUGACAGUGAGGAAGUGGCAAGAAAAACAUUUCUAGAAUUAGAGAAGCAUAAUACUAAAAUUGAAGAGGCAAAAACAUCAAUUCAAAACUAUUGUAUAGAGAAUAGCAAAAAAGAAUCAAAUGUGGAAGAUCUUCUUGCUUUAGGUGGUGAUGUUCUUCCAGAAGAACCUGUAAAAUCUAAGAAAAGAACAAGGAAAUUAAAAGAGGACAGUGAAUCAGAUAUGGAAGAUUGGGAGGAAGUUAAUGAAAGUAAACUCCCAACAAAGGAUGGCAUAGAGUUAUUUGUGGACAUUCCUGGUGCAUGUUGCAGAAAAUCAAAAAAGGCUUUAGAUGUCGAGAUGAUGAUGAAAAGAAAAAUGAAUAGAGUAAAGAAAGAACAACAGCUGGUUAUACAUAAAGUACAUGUAUUGUGUUGGCUCGGCCAUGGUAAUUUUGUUAGCAGAGUCUUAAAUGAUCAAGAUAUUUUAUCUGCAGCACUUUCAAUGGUUCCGUCCAAAGAAUGCUACCCAGGGCAAAGGGUUGAUAUGAAGUAUCUAGAACAAAUAACUUCAUGGUAUCACGAUAAAGUCAUCCUAAAACAAGAUAAACACGAAAACAAAUUAAGGACUAAAGCACCUCCUUUAAAGAAUAUUCUCCUUGAACAAAUUAAAAAGAAAGUUUUCUCAACAAAGAAAUAUAUUGUCUAUGUAUUUGUUUCUAUGUUAAGAUCUCUUGGCCUGCAAUGCCGUGUUAUGUUCAAUUUUAUUACUGUUCCAAUAAGACCACCAAAUUCAGAACUAUACUCUUUAUCCACAAAAGAUAAAGCAGAUAAUGAUAAAACUGAAGGAAAUGGUAAUAAGACAGAUAAAAAAGGAGGAAAGAAAGAAUGUAAAAAAAUAAAAAUUCCCCAACUGGAUGGUAUUUAUGAUGAAAGUUCCUGUGAUAGUACUGAUGAAAUGGCCAAUAUUACUCAAUUAGAUGGUAAUGAUGAUGUCUCCCCAGUUAAAAAGAGGAUCACAAGAAGCCAAAAAAGUAUUCAAAAUAAAGAUGUUUCACCUCCUAAAAGAGCAAGAAGAACUAAAGAAAUUGAAAAACCGAAGGAUGAACCUACAGAAAAGCCAAAGAGGAAUGUAAGAAAAAAGAAAGAUCAGACAGCGGCAGAUGGACCACCAAAAAUAGUUGUCACAAAUGAUGAAAACGUCUCCAGCCAAUAUUUUGAAACUGCAAAACCAACAGUUGAAAUAUCUAAACGUAAACGAACAAGAACAGCAGUUGCAACAAACGUACAAGAAACAAAACCAAGAACUAAGAGCGAGCCGGGGACAUCUAUUAAUACAAGCAAAUAUUUCGAUGAUAAUGUAAAAACAAGAUCAAGAAAAAAAGAUGAUUAUCAAAGAAUAAGUCAUAGAGAUUUAAAGAAGGAUAUACCGAAAGCUAAAAAUGACGUAAAAGAUGAUUUGGUGCAUAUUUUAAAGAGUAGAGUCAAAGAAGCAAAGGAAGAAACAAAGAGGUUAAAAGUAAAAGGUAAAGUGAAAGAAGAAUCAGACGAGAGUGAUUAUCUGGCAGUGGAAUCUCCAAAACGAAGAAGAUCUAAUAGCAGUGAUGAAUUUAAACCGAGUAAAAUAAGUCCAAAACCGGGGACAAGUCGUAAAGUGGAUAGAAGAGUGUUCUCUACAGACGAUGAAAGUCCUCAAGAUAAAAUUAAUGUAUGGUGCGAAGUGUUUGUAGAAGAAUUGGAGCAAUGGGUGGCGGUUGAUGUUGUUAGGGGAAAGGUGCAUUGCGUAAAUGAGAUUUAUAGUAAAAGCACACAUCCAUUAACAUACGCAGUCGGUUGGGAUAAUAACAACUAUUUGAAAGAUUUGACGCGCCGUUAUGUGCCUCAGUGGAACACGGUAACACGAAAACAGCGCGCUGAUACCGUUUGGUGGAAUACAGCGAUAAAGCCCUGGCUCGGACCGAAGACAGCAAGAGAUAGAGAGGAAGAUGAGAGAUUGGAUCAGAUGCAGUUGGAAGCGCCUUUGCCGAAGGUGAUUUCUGAGUACAAAAAUCAUCCGCUAUACGCCCUACAACGCCAUCUACUGAAAUUCGAAGCGAUCUAUCCCCCCGAUGCGGCCGUACUAGGUUACGUACGUAAGGAGCCCGUAUACGCUCGUGAGUGCGUAUACGUGUGCCGUUCGAGAGAUACGUGGCUAAAGGAAGCCAAGGUUGUCAAAUUGGGUGAGAAGCCUUAUAAGAUCGUUAAGGCCAGGCCCAAAUGGGAUAAGCUGUCAAAUAAAAUGAUUACUGAUAAACCCCUGGAAGUGUUCGGGCCCUGGCAGAUCCAAGAUUAUGAACCACCGACGGCUGAGAAUGGGAUAGUCCCCAGAAAUGCAUACGGAAAUGUUGAAUUAUUCAAGGAAUCUAUGUUACCCAAGGGAACGGUGCAUAUUAAAUUGCCAGCUUUAAACAGAGUGGCGAAGAAACUAAACAUAGAUUGCGCCCCGGCUAUGACGGGUUUCGAUUUCAAUGGCGGCUACACUCACCCAGUGUUCGAUGGAUUCGUUGUUUGCAAGGAGUUCGAGGAAAUUAUCACUGAAGCUUGGGUUAAGGACCAAGAAGAGUUAGAGAAGAGAGAAAGAGAAAAAAUAGAGUCGCGUGUCUAUGGUAAUUGGAAGAGGCUCAUUAAAGGGCUCUUUAUUAAAGAGAGGCUUAAAGCUAAGUAUGGCUUUGAAGAGCCGAGUACAUCAGACAAUAAGAAACGCAAAGGACCGCGAUUCGUUACUUCUAAGAAGGUUUAAUUUUAUAUAAUUUUGUGAUAAAAUCACAGUAAAAUUAAUUUUAAGAUUUUUCGCCUAUUUUUGAUAUAACCUAGUAUUAUUUUCUCACGGGUAACACUCGCAUACUGAGUUAGAUAGUACAUUGCCAUUUUAAAAAACUCUUUGACAAAUAUUUUAAAAUUAUUUAAAUGGUACCCGAUAUUUUAAAUGUGAAAAUAUGUAAACAUCAACUUUUAUAGCCAUAUUCGGUUUUUGAAGUCGGUUAAAUAGUGCCAGUUCUUUCAUGCCAUAUAGAUUGUAUGAAGUGUUAAUUUCACAUUUAUUAAUUCCAUACAUUAGUCUCGCUGCAACUACACGAGCCCGGAAAAUAAGUCAUAGCUAAUAAAUUGUUGUUUCUUUUUUUAUGUGAAAAAGUUUAUAUCAUGAUACUGGCAACUUACAUUUGAAUAAAAAAACUAAAUUCUUUUUUUAAAUCCAUAAUAUUUUAGUUGAAAUAUUCUUGUGACGUCACAAGUGUAAAACUGCUUAUAACGCGGCUUAUAUAAAUCUAGUUCUUUUUUUGAAAAUGUUUCCGUUUAUUAAAAAUACUGACUAUGCCGCAAUAUAUGCCCUCGUGCUUGAUCUCCAUUCCAAAAGUUUUUGCCUCAUUAGCCAGUCAUACAUACUUAUCUUCCUCAAAAAUUAUAAUUUUUAAAUCCAUCUAUAUAGAUUAUAGGCAUAUAUGUGGCCAUAGGUAAACUUUGAUAAACGCAACUUCAUUCCUUGCUGUGCAAGAAAUUAAUUAAUUAACAAAUCCUGAAGUUUCUAUUAAAAUAUGAAACACUCGAUAUAUUGUCAUACUGAGCAAUAUCAUUGUCUAAUCUAUGUUCACAGAUAUAUUUAGUGUUAUUCGAUUUUGUAUGGAAUUAUCGGCAGUACUUUUUAUAUUUGUUCUAAAUGUUGUCUAUUAUAAGUCCCUUUUUAUAGAUUAUAAACGCUACCUCAACUGUUUUGAAUUACGCCAUCUACUGGUCAUUUUUUGUAUAGUCAUAAGGUUUUUUUUUUCGAAAAAUUUGCAUGGCUCAUUUAAAAAAAAUAUUAUGUAUGCAAUUGUAUUUAUGUUUUUUAAAUCAGAUUUUCUGGCUGGAAUUUUUAUAUUUUGUUCUAUAUUUCAUAUUAAACGAAAUACAGACAUAUAUACAGAGGUUUGUUUCUGCAUCAUUUGAGUAUAUCAUGAUAAUUUUUACUUGAAAAUGGUCAUACAGAAAACCAAAUAAAAAUUUACAAAAAAUAUCAAUAUUUCAAAUAAAAUCAAAUUUAUGUGUAAGUUGUUUGACAGCGUUCCCACCGUUUACUAUUUUUUUUUUGUUUUAGGCUGUGUGAGUGAGCAUUUUAAUUACAAAAAAAGCCUAGAAUUUUUCUUGAAAUGUUUUGUACUUAUCAGAUGAGUCAUAGCAUUUUCCUGUUUGGUUUCUGAGACAAUUUUAAUUUAUGAUCAUUAUUUCUGUGAUGAAACAAUGUGUAUGUAAAUUUGAAAUAUUGUGAUUUUAAUUAUGUACCUGUGAUUAUUAAAUAAAAUGUUUUGAUUUUU